GAGGGUGGGGUGGGGGAAAGAUUUCUAUCUUCUACUAUCAGUCUAUCGCGUGACCACCCACAUGACCCUUUCUUCCUAAAUUCCACGUUUUUAGUGGGCCAAGCCGAAGGGAGUUGCAUUUGCUUAAUAUGUAUUCUUGAAACAUACUGGUUCUUUAGAUUAGUGUUCAUGUUCAAGGUUUUUCUUGUGUUUUUUUAUAUUGGUUUCACAAAACUGGGUAUAUUUUUUUCAAUUGAAGUUUUGCUUUCGUAUGAUAUCGAGGAUAGUCAAUUUAAAAUGCCUGUACAGAUGUGAUGUAUCCAGAUAGUUCGUCCGGUUGGAUUUAUGUUGAACUAGGAGAGGUGUUCUUUAUGGUUUUUGGAGGAUAAUAAGCGAAAGGUUUGCAUGGCUGCGGUUCCGAUGUGCUCCAAAAUGACCUAUAAAGACCAAAGAGGCUUCAUGUAUGGAUGUAUGGCGUUGGCAGAUGGUCCUAGGUCAUUUGCUUCACUUUCAAGUGAAAUAUGCAAGAGACGGCACAUCUCAUAUCUUACUAUUGAUACCAUGACGGGAACCAAUACAAGAAAAGCGAAUAAAUCUAGACAGUUGCCUUUUAAUGGAAGUACUUCUACACUUUUCAGGAGCAUGACUGAAGUAACUGUCCUUCAGAUGGCACAUCUUACAGAAAGCCAUCUGAGAUUCAUUUCAGGCAAUGAUUCGCGUCUAGAAAAGCUUAACAUUGUUCGUUAUGCAUCAGAAUCCGUUAACAAUGAGAAGCAGCUGAGAUCAUUAGAUUCUUAUUUUGGAAAACUCCAAGAUGAUGCAAAACCAUCUCCUUCAGUUACUUUAGACAAGACAAGGCAGACACAUAAUGGAGAUGGUCAUGUCGGAUCAAAGACGGGGUUGAGUUCUCUCAAUGACUAUCUGGGAAAACUUAAUAAAGAUGAAAAAUCAGAAAAUUAUCAUGAGUCAUUUAGCACUCUUGUUGAUCAUACUGCCAAAGGCAAUCAAGUAGGAAAACCCUUCUCUAUCAGUGAUAAUUCCAAAACAGACAAUGAGGAGGAACCAAAGAGUUACAGGGGAGUAAGAAAUAGAUAUGGUAGUAGCGGUCCAGAAAGUUCACAAGACAUACGACAGGAUGAUGAAACAUCCAAUCUCUACUUAAUAGGUGGGUUGGUUUCUAUAAACAUUGCAGUUUUUCUGUUUGAGAUGGCAAGUCCGAUAAGGAACUCUGAAUUAGAGCUUCUUUCUCUCCCAUUAUUAUAUGGGGCAAAGAUAAAUGAUUUGAUCUUGGUUGGAGAAUGGUGGAGGCUGGUGACACCAAUGUUUCUGCACUCUGGAGCUUUUCACAUGGCUCUUGGUUGUUGGGGACUUCUUACUUUUGGGCCUCAGGUUUGCAGAGUCUAUGGUUCGUUUACAUUUUUCUUGAUCUAUAUCCUCGGAGGAAUUUCUGGCAACUUGACGAGCUUUCUUCACACACCAGAGCCGACUGUUGGUGGGACAGGACCAGUUUUUGCCAUAAUAGGAGCUUGGCUCAUUUAUCAGCUCCAAAACAAAGAUGUGAUCGCAAAAGAUGUUUCAGUUGGAAUUUUUCGGAAGGCAAUAAUUAUUACAGCUCUUGGCUUAUUAUUAAGUAAUUUCGGUCCAAUUGAUGACUGGACACAUUUUGGAGCAGCUUUUACCGGUACAGCAUAUGGCUUUUUCACUUGCCCAACACUUCAGCUAGACGAUGCAUCUUCAAGAGCGGGUCAAGAAGAGGGAAUUACACUUGUUAGACGAUAUGCCGAUCCUUGUAAAUCACUUAUUUUGUUCACUAUCUUCAUUGUUCUUCUGAGCUCUUUACUUUUCUUUAUCGAACCUCCUCUAAACGCCCUAGCAUCUGACAACUUUGCACAGUUGUGGAAAUAGGAUGCAAUAUAUUAGUAGUGGUUCUAAAUUCAUGUAGCGUGUAAGGGGUAGUCUUGGCUGGGAAACAAGACAACAUGUACAUGUAGAUCAAUAGGAUGCAAUAUAUUUUUUCCUGUUUUCAUUUUCCCUCUCCUUCCUUUGCCAAAGGAUGUAGAAAUUGCAAACAAUAAGAGGAACGGUGAAAUUCUCAAUGCACGAGGUGUCUUUUCUUAUA